AUGGCCCCUAUCGAGCGUAUCACUCUUUUCAAGAUUCCGAAUGAGGCCGAUGUCCAGCGCUUGCUGAAUCAGUAUAAGGUGCUUGCAAGCACUGCCACUAAGGACGGAAAGCCAUACAUCCUCUCUGCGGCCGUCGGCAGAUCGAUCGACGAUCCCCGCAACAAGGGCUGGAACGUCUCUGCCAAGACCACGUUCGCCUCGCUCGAUGACAUGAAGUACUACGACAACGAAUGCGAGGCCCACAAAGCGCUCAAGGCCCUGGCCGGUUCAAUUAAGGAAGAUGUCAUGACGACUUACUACGAGAACGUCCUUUAA